UACAACAUGCACACAACAAAAACUAGAAUCAGUAAAAACACAAGAAUUAAAAAGAAGAAGAAAAUGAGAGAAGGAUCUCAUCUUAUCGUCCUGCCUUUCCCAGGACAAGGCCACAUAACUCCAAUGUCCCAGUUCUGCAAACGCUUAGCCUCAAAAGGUCUUAAGCUCACUCUUGUCCUCGUCUCCGACAAACCCUCUCCUCCAUACAAAACAGAGCACGACUCAAUAACUGUCUUCCCCAUCUCCAAUGGCUUCCAAGAAGGCGAGGAGCCAUUACAAGACCUCGAUGAUUACAUGGAAAGAGUAGAAACCAGCAUCAAAAACACCUUACCGAAGUUGAUUGAAGACAUGAAACAGUCGGGAAAUCCUCCUAGGGCUAUCGUGUACGACUCCACCAUGCCGUGGCUUCUUGAUGUAGCUCAUAGUUAUGGGUUGAGAGGUGCCGUGUUUUUCACGCAACCUUGGCUUGUCUCAGCUAUUUACUACCAUGUUUUCAAAGGUUCGUUCUCUGUACCGUCUACAAAGUACGCUCACUCAACAUUAGCAUCUUUCCCUUCGUUCCCGAUGCUGAAUGCAAAUGAUUUGCCGUCUUUCCUCUCUGAAUCGUCCUCAUACCCGAAUAUACUGAGGAUUGUGGUGGAUCAGCUCUCAAACAUUGAUCGAGUCGACAUAUUGUUGUGCAACACUUUCGAUAGAUUGGAGGAAAAGUUGUUGAAAUGGGUCCAAAGCUUGUGGCCGGUCUUGAACAUAGGACCAACGGUUCCAUCGAUGUAUUUAGACAAACGACUGUCUGAAGACAAGAACUACGGUUUUAGCCUCUUCAAUGCGAAAGUUGCUGAAUGCAUGGAGUGGCUAAACUCAAAGCAGCCUAACUCUGUUGUCUAUGUAUCAUUCGGAAGUUUGGUGAUUCUAAAAGAAGAUCAAAUGUUGGAACUCGCUGCGGGUCUGAAACAGAGCGGACGUUUCUUUUUGUGGGUUGUAAGAGAGACAGAAACAGACAAAAUUCCAAGAAACUAUGUAGAGGAAAUCGGUGAGAAAGGACUAAUUGUAAGCUGGAGUCCUCAGCUUGACGUACUUGCACAUAAAUCGAUCGGUUGUUUCUUAACCCAUUGUGGAUGGAACUCGAUGUUAGAAGGAUUGAGUUUGGGAGUUCCAAUGAUUGGUAUGCCACACUGGACUGAUCAGCCCACAAAUGCUAAGUUCAUGGAGGAUGUGUGGAAGGUUGGGGUUAGGGUUAAGGCAGAAGAUGAUGGGUUUGUGAGAAGAGAAGAGAUUGUGAGAAGUGUGGGAGAAGUUAUGGAGGGAGAGAAAGGGAAAGAGAUUAGAAAGAAUGCUGAGAAGUGGAAAGUGUUGGCUCAAGAGGCAGUUUCUGAAGGAGGUAGCUCUGAUAAGAGCAUCAAUGAGUUUGUUUCUGUGUUUUAUUAAUUUGUUGAAUGAUGGAAAUUGUCUUGUUAAAGCUCAUCGUCUUUUGCAUAUCCAAUUGUUAUUGUUGUUGUGUUGUAGUAAUAAUAUAGUUUCUCAUUUGUGGGCA